AUGUCGGACCCCUCGUUCAACGAGAAGGCGCCCAAGGAUGGCGUCUAUGUCGAAGGUUCCUAUGACCACGAGCGCGACAGCAUUGUCGAGUCGGGGACUCUCAAGCGCCAGCUGAAGAACAGGCAUAUUGCCAUGAUCUCCAUUGGCGGUGUCAUUGGCACUGGUCUUUUCCUGGGUACUGCGACUUCGCUCGCAAACGGAGGUCCCAUCGGUCUCUUACUUGGUUACAUGGCCGUUGGAUCCAUCACCUUCGCGGUGAUGAACAGCUUGGGUGAGAUGUGUGCUUUCCUUCCCAUACCCGGAGGCCACAUCAAGCUCGCGGAGCGCUUCGUCGACCCUGCAUUCAGCUUUGCUAUGGGAUGGAAUUACGCCUAUAACUGGGUCAUUGUGCUGCCCGCUGAGCUCUCUGCUGCAGCUGUGCUCAUCGACUACUGGGAUAAGAACACCAACUUGAACGCGGCUUGGAUCAGCAUCUGUCUAGUUGUAGUUGUCUGUAUCAACUUCCUCGGGGCCGGCGCUUAUGGCGAGGCGGAAUUCAUCUUCGCAUCCAUCAAGGUCAUUACUAUUACUGGUCUCAUCAUCCUGGGUAUUGUGAUCGACCUUGGUGGUGCACCCAACCAUGAUCGUCUCGGUUUCCGCUACUGGAAGAACCCCGGACCAUUCGUCCAGUACGACAACAUCGCUGGCAAUACCGGUCGUUUCCUCGGCUGGUGGUCCGUCAUGACGCAGGCCGCUUUCUCAUACAUUGGGACAGAGAUCGUCGCAAUCUGCGCCGGUGAGGCCAAGAACCCGCGCCGUAACAUUCCCCGGGCGAUUAAACGCGUCUACAUCCGAAUCCUGCUCUUUUACUUCGGUGGUGUUACUGUCAUUGGCCUUCUCGUCCCAAGUACCGACCCUGGUCUCAACCUCUCGGACGGCACGGCUGCUUCCUCGCCUUUUGUUAUCGCGAUGAAUCGCGGUGGUAUCAAGGUCCUUCCGCACAUCGUCAACGCCUGUCUCUUGACGUCCGCAUGGAGUGCCGCGAGCUCAGACAUGUACACCAGUUCGCGUGCUCUCUACGGUCUCUCGAUCGCCGGCAACGCGCCCAAAUUCUUGAGCAAGACGCUCAAGAACGGACUUCCCUGGCCGGCGCUCGUCGUCUCCACUGCCUUCGCGCUGCUCUCGUACAUGGGCGUGAACGCGGGCUCUGGUGAAGUCUUCGGAUGGUUCUCCAACAUGACUUCCAUCGCCGGUCUGAUGACCUGGUUCGGUAUCGGUGUGACCUACCUUCGCUUCUACGCCGGCACCAAGGCGCAGGGCAUCGACCGCAACACUCUGCCCUACCGCAGUCCCCUGCAGCCCUACCUUGCAUGGUACACCGUUGUCUCCACUCUUGUCAUCUGCUUCUUCUCCGGAUUCGCCGUGUUCUUGAAGAAUGGUUGGAAAACGGCCGACUUCGUCACGAAGUACCUUCCGUUCGCUCUCUUCCCUAUACUCUACGUCGGAGCUCGUAUCUGGAAGAGGAAGGGUCCUAUCGCGCCUGCGGAUAUGGACUUCGUCUCUAAUAUCGCAGAGAUUGAAGCAGAGGAGGUCGAUGAACCUCCCCCGAGGAACAAGGCGGAGGCCGUAUGGCAGUGGUUGAUGUAG